UCGUUCCCAUGUUUGGGAACGAUAAACCCAAAUAUGGGAACGCAUUGAAGCAUCGCGCGGCCUGACGUGCCUACCUGGGACAGGUGCGGGUGUGACAAACGGCCGUGCCCCGUCGGGGGAGACUGUUGACAGAGGUGAACUGUACCCUACAGCUGUUGAUUCAUCUGUGUUGGUGUUGUGACGCGGUGGAGCACGUGACCGUUUAUCCGACAAAUGAGGACAAGUGGCGCGAGUGGUGCGUGUCAGCGAGCCGUCUGCGGCGUCUGUGUGACAACUGACGCCACUCGCCGCGGUGCUGGCCGUGCGGUUGGGGGAAUGGUGCGGUGACGGCCGGCCCGCGGCCGCUGCCGACUGUGCUCUGUUGAGGCGGCGAGCGGUGAGCGCUGGGAUGCCGGAGAGCGUUGGUACACCAGCGUGACGCGGCUGCUGGUGGAGCCAUGCUGGUGACGCUGCUGCUGUGGCUGGCGGCGCUGGGGCCGGCCUACGUGAUGAGCUGGAAGGGCUGCUGGGCGCUGAUGGACCUGCUGCUCCUGCCCAACGACCGAUGGCUCUCCGCCGUCGUCUCGCUGGCGAUCGGCGUGGCCGUCGGCUUCCCGCUGGUGUUCAUGCACCGCCCUCUGACUGAGGCAUCGGCGGGCCGGCGGCUGGUGCUCGCGCUGCACCACUUUGUCGGUCUGGAGGUGCAGGUGCUGCUGUGGCGCGGCGGCUGGAUACUGGCCGACCUGGUGCUCGGUGUCCGCUCGCUGGGCGGCCCGCUGGCCGGCCUGGUGACGGCCGCCGUGAUGGCCGGCACCGGGUGUCUGCCGACGGCCGGCACCGCGCCGCCGGUGCCGCACCGGCGCGGCGCCGAGCCGGCCGCCGCCGAGGCGCCGCCGGCCGCGCGCGCCCUCCUCACCCUGCUGCCGGUGCUGGCCGCCUGCGUGCUGGUCUGGCACGGCGCCUGGGACGCGCUGGACUCGUGGCUGCCGCCGAGCGCGCCGCUCUGGCAGACGGCCUCUCUGCUGGGCGGCAGUGCAGCGGCGCUGGCGGCGCUGCUCACGCUGCCCCACGGCCUGGGCUGGGUGGCCAGCGCCGACGCCGCCGAGGAGCGCCCUCACCGGCUGCUGCGGAGACUGCGUGAGGACUUGCUGGCGGCGGCGGUGACGGUGGCCGUGGUCGGAUACUGGAAGGCCCUGUUCGACCUGGCGGCGCGCCUGGCUGUGCCCGGAUACCCGGGUCUGUCGGACGCCACACUCAUGGUGACGGGCUUCGUGGUGGUGGUGCUGGCCGAUCACUCGGCACAAACGUACGCUGUCGGCCGGGUGACCUGGAGCACGGGCGACCUGCGCUGGCUGCAGCCGUUGGCCGAUGAGCCGGACGAGGGCGGACAGCCGCUCCUGACGGGAGACGCGAUGCCGUAAUGUGGUGCAGUCGCUAUAUGCUCGACAGUAAC